AUGCUGCUAAAUACCUUACUUAAGGCACUUGGUGGUAUUCGCACGGCAGUAAAGUGCAGCAAAGGAUGCCGUGCGCCAAAAGUAACGGCCAUGUGCGUAUGCGCUGGUGGUUUACCCGGCCGCCCGUCUUCAUGCCCCUCCCCUGGCGUAUACGUAUGCCGGCAUGACAUGGCGAUUCGGGCGGCAGCGUGUGUGAUCUGCGACCGUCUGUUCGCGGGAUCGGGCGAGACGGUUCAGUCGGUUGGUGGCGUCCGUUCGUUGCGACGCAGCGGAGAGCCUCACUAUGCGACUGCGUCUCGGUGUCUCAGACGACGGCCACCACUCGGGCCAGGGAUGAGGCGUGCGGAUGGACAGGCAAUACCGCAGUGGAAAGGCACCAAAAGGAUCGCGAUGACGGGCGAUCGUGGGUUCGACCCAGUGGGGGUCUCCCAGUUCAUUGUGGUCCAGUAUACCAUAUGGAUGCGCAGCUGUAGUCUCCAGAUUCUCCCCAGUACCAGUCAUCUGCCAUUCGACCGGAGAGUCGGAGACAAUGUGAAGCUCGAAAGUGACCCAUUGUUGGUAUGGGGUUCCGAUGAUGUGUGGCAGGCACAUCUCAAUAGGGAAUUCGAUUCGCAUAAUCUUCUCCAUGCGCGCAUGUGCGGUGAUGGAUGUCUAUGGGGCAUAUGA